UGCUCACAGGGCCAGUACUCGUCCGAAAACCGAACAGAUUGUACUGACUGUCCACCAGGAUUUCGCUGUAUCUCGACGGACAGUUUGCCGUCUCCUUGCUCAGCUGGUGACUACAGCACUGGGUCUGCCGUUUUGUGUACUCGAUGUCCGGCUGGAUACUCGUGUCUUAUGCCAACGAAUUUGCCUGUUGCGUGUACGGCUGGGACGUAUAGUAGUGCAGGGUCUGUGUCGUGUACGACGUGUCUGAAGGGUUUUGCUUGUCCGAAUAUUUCCGAUCCGACGACGAUGAGCGAGUGUGUGCCGGGAUCGUUUUCGGUUGGAGGGAAGCAGCAGUGUACGUUGUGUACGAUUGGGAAGUUCUGUCCGGAUACAAAGUCUGACUCCCAACUAGAUUGCCCUCCUGGAACUUACACCGACACACCUGGACAACCAGCAUGCACUCCAUGCCCAGCUGGCAGUCAAUGUCCAACCACCGAUGGUGUGGGCAUCACAGAAUGUGCUUCUGGCUACUACAGCACAGGAAGGGCUACCGAGUGUAUUAAAUGUCCAGCAGGAUUCAAGUGUCCAUACAAAGACAGAAACGUUGUCAUCAAGUGUGCGGCUGGAUCAAUCUCUACAGAAGCGUCUACAACGUGUGUGGAGUGUCCUGCUGGUUAUAAGUGUUCAACACCGGAUGGAGGUGAAGUUCCUUGCUCAAAUGGGUAUUACUCACUCGGCAAUCAGUCGCACUGUUUUGGUUGUCCGGCUGGUUUCGCUUGUCCGGAUAAAGAUGCUAGUCCUGUUGCUUGUGAUCCUGGCUGGUAUUCUGUUGGUGUGGCUAUUGUGUGUACUGAAUGUACUCGUGGACACUACUGCCCACACACAGAUGAAGAAGAACGUGCUUGUCCUGUGGGAACUUACAGUGACCAACCUGGAGCAAUUGCAUGUAACGUCUGUCCUGCAGGCUACCAGUGCUCAGAUCCAAAAAAGUUACACAGGAUAUGGAUAAUGAGAAACAUGAAGUAA